GCCCUUGACGCCCUCUUCCGCCCAGUUCCUCUAGCUGUGAAUUGAGGAAUGUUUAUGUUUUUAGAUCUUUGUAUUGGUGACGAUUAACAGGUCAAGUGUUAACCUUUCUGUGAUGCUCGCUAAGAGCUCGGGGCGCAGUGACAGGCCGGCUGCAGACAUGACUUCUCAGUAACACUCCAGACUACGCUCACUAUGAACAGCGAGGAAGAGUUCUACGACGCCGAGACAGGGCUUGAGUCGGAUGAUUCCUGUGAGGUAAGUUUUAAGGAUGCCAUGGUGUUUGAAGGCAAGCAGGCAAAGGAUGGAAGCGCACCACAACAAAAUGGAGUAUGGGAGCGAAGGAAAAUGCUGCCUGCAGAUAUGAUCUCCAGAAACAAUUUAAAUAUGUGGGGUGUAUUAAAGAAAUGUAUUGGAAUGGAACUUUCUAAAAUAGCAAUGCCGGUGGUGUUCAACGAGCCACUGAGCUUUCUUCAGAGGAUCUCUGAGUACAUGGAACACACUCACCUCAUUCACAAAGCCUGCAGCUUGUCGGACUCCAUAGAACGCAUGCAGGUGGUGGCAGCCUUUGCGGUGUCUUCUGUGGCGUCUCAAUGGGAGAGAACUGGAAAGCCUUUCAAUCCUUUAUUGGGGGAGACUUUUGAACUAACAAGAGAGGAAGACGGUUAUAGAUUGAUCUCAGAGCAAGUAAGCCACCACCCGCCCGUCAGUGCCUUCCAUGCUGAGUCUUUGAAGCAGGAGUUUGAGUUCCACGGCACCAUCUAUCCCAAGCUCAAAUUCUGGGGCAAGAGCGUCGAGGCUGAGCCCAAAGGCACAAUGACCCUGGAAUUGUUGAAGCAUAAGGAGGCAUACACCUGGACAAACCCCAUGUGUUGUGUUCAUAACAUCAUCUUGGGAAAGCUCUGGAUCGAGCAAUAUGGAACAGUAGAGAUACUCAACCACAGUACGGGCGACAAGUGCGUCCUGAACUUCAAACCAUGUGGCAUGUUCGGUAAAGAGCUGCACAAAGUGGAAGGCUAUAUCCAAGACAAGAGUAAGAAGAAACACCGCGUGAUCUACGGAAAGUGGACAGAGUGCAUGUACAGUGUUGACUCCAAGGUCUACGACUCCAACAAGAAGGCAGAGAAGAAGGCCGGGGGCAUUUCCAAAAAGCAGAAGCAGGAGACCUGUGCAGAAGGGGACGAAGCAGAUGAUAUGCCGGAUCUGCAAGAAACUGUGACUGUGAUUCCAGGAAGUGCCUUACUGUGGAAGAUUACACCGCGACCACCACACUCGGAAAAGAUGUACAACUUCACCAGCUUCGCCCUGACCCUGAAUGAGAUGGAGCCGGGCAUGGAGGGGCUUCUAGCCCCAACCGACUGCCGUCUGCGGCCAGACCUUAAGGCUAUGGAGGACGGAGACUUGGAUGGAGCAAUGACUGAAAAGGAGCGGCUUGAAGACAAGCAGAGAGCCGCCCGCAAGGAGCGCUCCAAAGAGGAAGAAGAGUGGUCCACCAGGUGGUUUCAGACAAAAACAAACCCUUACACAGGAGCCGAGGACUGGCUCUACAGCGGUGGUUACUUUGAGCGUAACUUUGUGGAUAGUCCCAACAUUUAUUGACACAAGCGGCUCCUGACUCGUCCUCUGGCAUUCUCCUGCUCCUACCUGAUAUAAGUGAUUUUUAUCUCUCAUCGAAUUUUCAAACCUCUGUGAUGUUGAAACGUUCACUUUUACUGCCAAUAUUGUUUAUUCCCUGUUUCUUUUCUCUCUCUGCUAGAAUGUGUUAAAGUCGUGAGCUCGGAUCGUGUCAGGCAGAGCUCUGACAUAUGCAGUUCCACAUGAAGUAGCACAGGGCGACUAUUUUAGAGUUUACUUGGUUGACUUAACGUCAGCCAUUCGCUGUGUGCCCUGACUAGGAUUCGGCAGAGACUGUCCUGUUCUACCCAUCUCAAAGAUCCAUCUCCAAUUAGGGAUCUGGGAAGUCCUUGUGUGAUACCUGGUGUAGCGGCUAUACUGGAAACAGACAUGGUUCAAUGAUCAGAGAUAUGUAGUCUGACCUCACUCCCAUCAUGUAGAUAUGGCACACAUUACUGGUGAGGUACAUGCAAAUAUCAGGUGCCAUUUACAUGUGGCUGGUACUUUUUUUAUAAUAUAGCUAUCAAAAUGGAUGAUCUCAUUUAGUUGGAAGUGCACUAAACCAUCCCUCUAUCGUUCACGUGUGAUUAUGUUCUGUGAGUAGAGAAACUAGAUACUAAAGCUGCUUACAAUGUUAUGAAGAUUUAUUGUCAUCUGUAACAUGUGUCGAAUGCAUGCUAACCGAGACGGUUUCUUACACAACUCAAAGCCAUAGAACUCAAAGGAUGGUCCCCACUGAACCAUCAGCUGUACAAGAAUGUGUGAUGUUGUUCGACCACAUAAGGACACAGCUCAGAGCUUAUUGAUAUUGCCAGUCCGAUACCAGUAGGAUAUAAAGAGAAAUACUGUGGAAAUUGUGUGUAUAAUUGACAUGCGUUUUAUUUUAGGUGUUUUUACAUGUAGACCGUGCAACACUGUAACAUUUUUAGGGCAGGUUUCUGUUCAUGUUUUUCAAAGGCACAAUCAAUCUUUCGGUCAUCAGCCUCUAAAUGACCUCUCAGUUUUACUGAAUUUCCGUUGGCAUCAUUGAUCUGUAUUCCAACAACCGAUACAAUAAGCUUUGCCAUUGUUGACAAUGGCAGGUGGCAGAGAAGGCCAUUAGAUACCACCUACCUAUGCAAAGAUGCAAUUUAUUCAGUUUCACCUUCUGAAAUGUGAAAAUGAGCUAACACCCCCCUCUUUAAUAUACUAGUAGUAUCUGAUGUGUGUGUACAAGGAAUGCACCUGUUGAAAGGAUUGUUGACAUGAUACCUAAGUAAUACUUGCAUAUGUUUCGUCAGUGGUGGGUUCCAAGCACUCUAAUUCUGCAUUGAACUGCACAUGAGACCCUAACGCUACCCCUUCCCCCCAGGCAUCAGAUGCUAUACAUUGACAGUAACAAUUCAAUGGUGGAAGUCCCUUGCUUCCAUGCUCUUGGUAUGUUUUGACCCAUGGUUGUAACUGGCAUUGAUUUUGAUCUGUUUACAAUGUACAUCUUGCUUUUACGACACAAUGAAUACACAAUACCAAGCAUAGUACUAAGUGUCUACCUAC